AUGGCGUCGUCACGCUCGGCCAAAAUAAUUGCAAAUCGUGUCCAUCGAUUCCGGGACGGCUGUCGUAAUUCAGGAAACAAUAUCUGCAGCAAUACCAACAAACGAUACUUAACGCCGGCGGGACCAUUCGCGACGUUCAUUCUUCGACAGGCCAUUGUUCUAUUUGUCGCUUAUCAGUUUGUGCACAAGCGUGUGAUCUUGCAAUUUCCUGCGGGUGGGAUCUCCCGCAACUGUUGUUCUCCUUCGCCAUGUGGCAGGAUCGACUUUGAAAUCGGACUUGAAAUAGCUGGAGGCGUCGUCGCAGGAGAAAAGCGUAGCUGGAUUUCUUGAAAUAUGGUGAUACACGUGGCCUGGAGAUCAAGUGUUUAACGUGUACCACCGGUGGUACAUACGGCACAGAACAAGAAAGAUUUAAUAAUGACAUGAACUUGUUGUAUAGCGAUAGGAUAAUUGGAGGAUUCACUCGAAAUCACAGUUUUACCAUUUUGGAAGCUUCACAAGUUGGAGGGAAAUUAUUUCUUUCUCUUCGUUUAAUAUGAAGAUAAAUAUCAAGAAAUUUCCACAGCAUUACUUUGAGAGAUCGAGGUCUCCAUAGCUAGCAUUAAGUAGCAAUCAAUUGUUCCUUUUCUACUUUUUUUAAAUUAUUAGACGUGUGCAUCACUCGCUAUAAGUAGUGAUCAGCUGUUCCUUUUAUACUUUUUAAAUUGUUGGACGUGUGCAACACAAGCAUCUGUUGCACCCAGUAAGUACCGCUAGAUUCAGCGUAGCUUAUCCAUUCACUAUACCAGCAAAUACAAACCAGCUGGAUCCUACCAUUUUGCAAUUUCAAACUAUAUCGGCCAGUCGGUCAAUGGGUAAAUUUACUGCUCUCAAUAGUUCACUGUUGGACUUUUAGAGAAUUAUGUCAUUGUAUUAUAUUUACAUACGUGUAUAUUAAAAUUUUGUCGUAGUAAAAAGAUUGUUGUUUAGGGACAGAGGAUUUGAAGAUAUUAAGAAGAAUCUCUGCAUCUGUCGUUCACGCUUGUUCCUUAACCCCUUGCCCUGGGAGAGAUCUGGGCUACUUAAAAAUUAACUCGUAUCUACAAUGAAAUCUCAUCUUACGAAAAACGAGAACGUUCGGCUCAAGUAUGCAGCUUUCUUUACAUAGUUUCUUUAAAGCGAAAACUUGUUUGAAAUUACAUUAUACCGUACCACUGUGUUGACAAUUAUCCCAAGAUGAAGAAGCGAAGAAUGAAAUAAAAUCCACUUACUCUUACAAUUAAUUGCAGUAAAAAGUAGAAUAAAGGGGAAACGAGGAAUAAAGAUUGUGUAUAAAUCGAGUCACGAGAAGCUGUAAUUCUCUGAAUAUUCUUCAGAAGCUCUCGAAUCGAAUCGAGAAGACAUCUGUAAUAAAAGGAGACGAGAUAUUCGAACGAUGACGUAG